CGAUAUAUCGAUAAGUUUGCUGCCUAUAAAUUUAUAAAAACACAAAAAUGAAACCGAGAUCCCAGAAACCCCAAGGAAAACUCCAAGGAAAACCCCAUGGAAAACCCAACAAAGGUCCUGUCAAGGUGGCCCACAGUCAAAAGCCUUACUUCAAGAACAUAAACAAACAAAAGGGAAAAGACGACAAGCCCAAUAAACCCAACAAACCCGAGAUCCGGAAUAUGAAACGUCAAGAAAAGGCUGCCAAGGAGGCGGCGGAAAGGGAGAAAGUUCGGGCGGAGCGGGAUGCCCAAGUAAAAGCCUAUAAAAAGAAGCGUUUGGAGAAAACCAAGGCCAUUAGCAAAAGGACCCAAAAGGGUCAGCCUUUGAUGAAAGAUCGCAUGCAGCUCCUUUUAAAACAGAUCGAGGAGAUGAAGCGCCAUUAAGUGAGUCACAGGACAUCUUAGUGUUACAAGGAACAUGCCCUGAAAAGGGCGUGUUUAUACCCAUCGAACACGUAAUGGGGAUAUGUGUAGGCGCUAAACUAUAGGAGUUUCACCUAUAGGGCGCACAAGUAAGUGUUUACUCUUACAGUAGGUUUACUUUAUUUUUAAUUGAAAUACACUGUUUUCCACAACUAUAUUCGUUUGUAAAGUAUUUUUUAAGUUAUGCUUUUUUUAAAGAGACUUAUC